AUGGCGUGCCGCCGCCUCGCCCUCCCCAAGCGUGAUUCUAAUUGCUUUGCCCGUCGCAUCGAUGGGGAUGGUCUAGUAGUCUUUCUUUCUAAGCUGAUGCUCAUCGACGCUGAAACAGUGAAACUGCAACUGCUGCAAAGCUUUCAGAUUGACGCCACCUUUUUUAGAUUCGGGGCUGCUACGACGCAUCGACUGGCACUGGCGGAGAACGCGGUUAACAAGGAGGAAGCUUCUUUCAUAGCACCUGCUGCUGCUGCAGAUACAAGUACAACCACUACAGGUGCAGGUGGUGGUGUGCUUACAAGUCGACAAGAUCGGCGCCGAUCAGGAUUUGCUGGCAAGCUUAGGAAGCAGCUUUCACGUAGUACCUUCUUUGCUUGUGACAUUGAUGGUUCGAAAAAAGAGGUCAAGAAUCCAACCAGCACAAGGUUCAAAGAUGUCACGGGGAUCGAUGGCGCGAAAGCUGAGGACAUAGUACAGUACCCGCAAGACCCUGAGCGUUUGGCUUGUGACUUUGAUGGUUCGAAAAAAGAGGUCAAGAAUCCAACCAGCACAAGGUUCAAAGAUGUCACGGUUAUCGAUGGCGCGAAAGCCGAGGACAUAGUACAGCACCUGCAAGACCCUCAGCAUUUGGCUUGUGAUUUUGAUGGCUCGAAAAAGGAGGUCAAGAAUUCAACUAGGACAAAGUUCAGCGAUGUCAAGGGGAUUGAUGGCGCCAAAGCCGAGCUCGAGGACAUUGUGCACUACCUACGAGACCCUGGGCGUUUCACACGCCUCGGUGGCAAGCUUCCGAGAGGCGUCCUGCUCCUCGGUGCGCCUGGCACUGGGAAGACAAUGUUGGCAAGGGCGCUGGCCGAGGAAGCCAGCGUGCCCUUCUUUGCGUGCAGCGGCAGCGAAUUCAACGACGACUAUGUGUUCGUUGGGGCAAAAAGAGUGAGGGCGCUCUUCGCCGCGGCGAAGAAGCGAUCUCCUUGCAUAGUGUUCAUCGAUGAGAUCGACGCCAUCGCUGGGAGUGGGAGCAGGAACUCAUAUAGUUCAGAGUCGCAGAUGCAUACCCUGAACCAGCUGCUAGUUGAGCUAGAUGGCUUCGAGCAGAAUGACGGGGUCAUCGUGGUCGCGGCGACCAACAUCCCCGAGUCGUCACUGGAUAAGGCCCUUGUUAGGUCUGGGCGUUUCGACCGUCACGUUCAGAUUCCUUAUCCAAAUGCUAAGGGCCGAAGGCAGAUCCUUGAGGCCCAUAUGUCAAAGGUCUUGAAAGCCAAGGAUGUUGAUCUUAAGACCAUCGCCAAUGAGACGUCUGGAUUCACAGGUGCAGACCUCGCAAACCUGGUGAACGAAGCCGCUCUCAAGGCUGCCAAGGACGGGGCAGAAGCUGUCACGACACAACACCUCGAGUAUGCUGCCAUGAAAAGGAUCAUCAUGGGCAGCAAGAACAAAACGGCGGCGAUGCCUGAGAGCUGCAGGAAGAUGGUCGCGUACCAUGAGGGAGGGCAUGCUGUUGUUGCCAUCCACACGGACAGCGCUGCUCCUCUUGACAAGGCUACCAUUGUUCCCACGGUGGAUAAUCUUGGCAUGGUGACGCAGCUGCCAGAGGAGGACGAUAAGUUUUUAUUGUCAAGGGAGAAGUUACUGGCACAACUGGAUGUCCUCAUGGGAGGCCGGGCUGCCGAGGAGGUUAUCUUUGGCGAGAGCAAGGUGAGCUCCCUCGCCUUGUCUGACCUAAGAAAGGCGACUAAGCUGGCGACGGAGAUGGUCGCCAGGUAUGGUAUGAGCAAGCGGGUCGGCCCUGUUUCGUAUGACAAUGACGGCGAUGAUGACGGUUGGGAUGCCAAGACCAUGAUCUGGCAAUCGAAGUACCUGGUUAAUGAGGAGGUGAGAGAAUUGCUAGGCAAAGCUUACAAUAACGCAAAGACGAUCCUCACGGCACAUAGUAGGGAGCUUCAUGCGCUGGCCAACGCCCUCCUGAAGGACCAAACUCUCACUGGAGACCAGAUCACGGCCCUCCUGAAGCACGAGACUCUCGCCGGAGGCCAGACCACGAAACAAGUAUUGCCUGCCCGCCAAAAUGAGUUAAUCGUGUAG